AUGCAUCUCCUACUACUUCAGCUGCUAGUGUUCCUGCCUUUAGGGAAGGCAGGCCAGGGCCAAGGUGGCUGCCAGAGUCCGCCGUCUCUCUCGCUAACCCUUGCGGGAAGGAGUCGCAGAGAGCUCCCCGUGGACGACCACGAGGACUCCGAGGAGAAGCCAGAUCUGUUUGUGGCAAUGCCACACCUGGUGGGUCCCAGGCCAGCCACCGAAGGCCAGAAGCAGAGGGAGAAGAUGCUGUCCAGGUUUGGCAAGUUCUGGAAGCAGCCUGAGAGAGAAGCCCACCUGCCUGAGGAUUCUGCCAGUGAGCGCUUUCCUCCAAGGGCCCAGGCUCGCACAGAGCCAGUGGACAGCAGGGAACUGGAGAAAUCUCCACUUCGGGAAGAGGCCAAAAAAUUCUGGCACUACUUCAUGUUCAGAAAGAGCCCCGCUUCUCAUGGGGUCAUCCUGCCCAUCAAAAGCCACGAAGUGCAUCGGGAGACUUGCCGGACGGUGCCCUUCAGCCAGACUAUUACCCACGAAGACUGUGAGAAAGCCGUUGUCCAGAACCACCUUUGCUUUGGCAAGUGUGGGUCUGCUCAUCUUCCUGGAGCUGGGCACCGGGCCCCUGUCUUCUGCUCCCACUGCCUGCCUACCAAGUUCACCAUGAUGCACUUGCCACUGAACUGCACUGGCCUGGCGCCCGUGGUCAAGGUGGUGAUGCUGGUGGAGGAGUGCCAGUGCCAGGUAAAGACGGACCAUGGAGAUGAGCACGCUGGCUCUCAAGCGGAAGUCCAUGCCCAGGAUUCCUUUAUUCCGAGAAUCUCCACUUCAAGAGCAAAACCAUAA